AUGCCAAAUAGUCAAGAUGGUUCUGAGACAACAGCUCAACGCAAGCCCGCCGAGAAUGGGAAUAUACCGCCAUCUUCAGAAUCCCUGCCCGAGGACGCUUGGGAUCUACCCCUAGGCACUGCUGACCAAGCCUGCAAAGAGUGCCGCAGACGGAAAGCAAAGUGCAAUCGGGGAAUCCCUACCUGCGGACUAUGCAUCAAGUAUAACAGACAUUGCUUGUACGAGAAGCACAGCAAAACCCCACUAACGAGAAAGCAUCUCACCGAGGUUGAAGAAAGGUUGGAAAGAGCAGAGGCUCUGCUUCGACAAGCUCGUAUCGUCCCUUCAACACGGCCAACCCGGUUGCAGUCAGCGACUCCAGAUUCCAAGCCCGCCCCGCACCACGUGGAGGGCCAAAAUGACUUUGACUUCUCGUUUCUCGAUCAACCACUACCAACAUCAACCCCUUUUCUUGAAAAUUCGAAUCAAGAUAAAAUCGCUGCUUUUGACAUUCCAGUCACAAACUACGUGAUACCACAGAACCUCUCUCCCAACCUUGACUUCUUGGAUUUGGGACAAAGUCCGGAGUCGCUGAACGUGGGGGGCUAUCAAACAGAUGUCAUGAUCGCUCCUGAUGAAGCACAUCAUCCCUCAAAUCCUCUAGAGGUUCCACCUAUGGAUGACUUCGAGUGGGAUGAGCAGCAUGUUUCGGGUAUGGAAGAUCCAGAUAUCGCAUCAUGGGCCUCCAAGUCAAGUGAGGAUGGCGAUGCAGAAGAAACUGUCAUUGAUGGUAUGGCUUCCUUGACGGUUGACGAGAAAGAAGGAGGUUACUUGGGGGUUGCUUCUGGUGCAGCUCUACUGCGAAUCAUUGAUCCACCACCUCCCACGAGUCGCAGAAAGUCAACCGUAUCAAGAGCUCGUAUCGAAAAAACCUCUAUUGGACCUGCGACUAUUCCCCCAAAUUUCUAUGCCCAACCGAACCCAAAUAGGCACAUUCUUGAUUCUAUGAUAGAUGCCUAUUUCAGACUCUAUCAUCUGAGCUACCCAAUCGUCCAUGAGCCAACUUUCAGAGCUCAAUACUCAGAAGUAAUUGCCAGACCUAAUGGAGACUGUUGGUUGAUUCUUGCCUAUGUUAUUGCUGCAAUUGGUAUAUAUACGACUUCAACGACUCUUGAAAGCAAUGACCUACCACUUUUCGCCCAAGCAAAGUCCAUGCUAUCCAUCAACUUGCUGGAGACAGGGAACUUGACCUUAGUCCAGGCAUUAACCUUGGUUUCCAAUUAUCAACAGAAGCGAAAUAAGCCCAACAGUGGGUAUAACUAUACUGGCCUAGCCGUUCGUAUGGCCAUGGGCUUAGGGCUCCACAAAGAGUUCCAAGGCUGGAAUAUUUCUCCUCUAAAAAUGGAGAUUCGACGAAGAGUUUGGUGGACUCUAUGUAUCUUUGAUAUUGGAGCUACAAUCACCUUUAGCAGGCCAUUGUCAUGGCCUGGUGACGGAAUUGAAGUUGCAUUUCCCAUGAAUGUUAAUGAUCGGGAGCUCACAGCUGCGUCUCAAACAUACCCGCCACAAACCAAUGAGGUUACUCCCUAUACUGCUGUUCGCUCUCAAGCUUCUUUCCACAUGGCAACUAACCGCAUCUACGCUCGUGUUAUCUCUAAACCAUUUCCGACCGCCAAGGAGCUUCUCCACCUCGACGAUACUUACAUGGGCGAGUGGCUGGCGAACAUCGCCCCCUAUUUUGCCCCACAAGUUUCUGUCCCUCCAAAGUAUAACUUCGCUCACGCAGUAAUGAUGUGGAGAUAUCGUAACCUUCGAAUAAUCAUAUACCGACCAUUCGUCAUCAGGAAAGCACUAUAUGCUCGCAAUGGCCGCUCAGAUGAGGCCAUGGAAAGUCACCAGGCUUAUGAACGAUGCUUGGAUGAAGCUCGCAACACAAUCGCUGGUAUUCGAGACUAUUGGGCUGCGAACGAGCACACAAAACUGGCGGCUUGGUAUGCCUUAUACUUCCUUUUUCAAGCAGCCUUGAUCCCCUGCAUUUGCCUUCGCAACUCGCCUAUUUCACCACAAGCCUCCGAAUGGCGUUCGCAAAUCCUUGCCACCUUAUCCACCAUCUCUUCUCUCGCGCCUGUAAAUUCAUCAUCUCCCCGGUGCCACCAAGUCAUUCUCAAAUUAUGCGGACGGUUUCUACAAGAUGAUGAAAACACUGGUGAAAGAUCAGAUGCAGGAAGUGGCCCAGAGCCUGUUGGAGGCUUGAGUCCUAUCAAUGAGAGCCCACAAACGCAAAUGAAUAACGUAUACAGUAUGAUGUGGCCCAAUGUCCCGGCUUUGGAAGCAGAUGUUGUGAUGCAGGAUGAUGCUUGGAUGGAAUUUCUACGGGGCGAGGAUCCCGAUCUAGGUGGCGAGUUUGGGGUUUAA